AUGACCACGACAAUACAAGAUGUUCAAGGAUCGGGCACGGUUCACUGCUGCCGAGUCAACUGCAAGGUUACAUUAUCUACCCUCACAUACACAUACCCUCUACGUCUUGUUUCCCCCCGCGCUCACACGCCAAAUCAUGUGUCUGUUUAUGUCCUAACAUAUGGUGGCGGUCUUGUCAGCGGUGAUAGGAUAUCUCUAACCGUAAAGGUUGACGAAGACUGUGCCAUGUCAUUGCUGACACAAUCUUCAACAAAAGUGUUCCGUCAGAGGCCGACGGCAAGCUCCCUUGACGAAAUAGUCACACAAAUUUCCCCACCGACAAAUGUUGUUCAGACACUUUCGGCAAGAAUCUCCCGUAACGCUCUGUUGGCCGUUCUCCCUGAGCCCGUAACAUGUUUUGCAGACGCUUCCUACAACCAACGGCAAGUGUUCCGUCUAGAACAGGGCGCAUCGUUGGUUUUACUAGAUUGGUUCACCUCCGGACGAAAGAGUAGAGGGGAGGCUUGGCAGUUUGAUCGGUACGCUUCAGUUAAUGAAAUAUGGGUGGAAGGCGAUGCGGCUCAAUCAUCUGCCAAACUGAUAUUGCGCGACGCAUGGCUCUUAGACGAUGAAAAGGACAGUGCAUGUAAUCCAAAGACGGGGGACCAACAUACCUAUAAGGAGCGUGUGGAACCCUACCACUGUUUUGCUAAUCUGAUUUUGGCGGGACAUCGUGUGAGCAACCUUGUCGCAGCGGCCAUGAACGCAUUCGACAAAGUCUUGAUUACUGCCUCCGGUUCUGGGGGAUGUGCAGUGAGCUCUUCGAUACAGUCUUUAAUAUGGUCUGCGUCCCCUUUGCCGUUGGCGGUUGGUGACAUCACGGGGAUAGUGAUAAGGGCAGCAGCUAUGGACACACCUAUUAUGCGAACGUUCCUUAAUGAGAUGCUUGUCGGACUCGAUGCGGAACUGGGCGAAAAUCUCUUUUCAUUAAUAUAAUGAAUCAAUCAUGUUAAAGCAAUCUGGCAAACGGCCAUAACAUCUGCAUGACACUACGGGCGGUAGACUGAUGCGACCGGAAAAUCUGAUACAAACGACCUACCAUUCCCGCCCGCUUGCCCCGAUAGGAUGAUAUAUCACUUUUCACUUUACCCUCCGACCCUCCGGAAUCCACAGGUUACCUCAUCGGAAGCAGUUCUGUCGCGGCGCCCGCUUAUCCACUUCGUCCGCGAUCUAAUCUCGUGCUGAUGUUAGUGGACCACUACCAUCUAUCCGUGUACCAUUCUUUUGCCCGUCCGCAACAGGCUAUUACGGUUGCCAUGAUCUCUACAAGCAUGUCUAUUUCAUUUGCUUCUUAGUGCCUGGAGCAUCAGCAUAUCACACAAGAGAAAUGAGAGACGCAAUUCGUAUAAGGGAAUAGGACAUGGCGAUAAAGUACUCUUUACUGAUAUUACUAUUUCUGUGAAUACAUUACGACUAUUGUUAUGACUGCCUACCAG